GUGAUGUCCUACUCAUUCAGUCAGCUCUAAGCGAAAAAGUUGGAAAUUACAUUCAUAACAUGGCAACAUUUAUCAGUGGUCUUAUCAUAGGUUUUGUUAACUGCUGGGAAAUUGCGCUCAUUACGUUAGCAACCGGUCCUUUCAUUGUUGCUGCUGGAGGCAUAUCGAAUAUAUUUCUCCACAGACUUGCUGAAAAUAUUCAAGAUGCAUAUGCUGAAGCAGCCAGCAUUGCUGAACAGGCGGUCUCUUACGUUAGGACUUUGUGUGCUUUUACGAAUGAAACUCUUGCAAAAUACUCUUAUGCAACUUCUCUCCAAGCAACUCUGAGAUAUGGUAUAUUGAUUAGUCUUGUGCAAGGACUCGGACUUGGAUUUACUUAUGGGCUUGCUAUAUGUUCAUGUGCUAUGCAACUUUGGAUUGGUCGGUUCUUUGUUAUUCAUCAUAGAGCAAACGGUGGAGAAAUCAUAACAGCCCUUUUUGCUGUUAUUUUAAGUGGGCUGUAA